AUGCCAUCUCAUCCUGAAGUUUUUUGGGCGCAACGAUCUAGCGCCACCGAGCCUGAAAAGAAUGUUCUUUACGUGACCAUUGCCGCAGAGGACAUUACCAAGCCCCAUUUGGAGCUUACUCCUACUUCUUUCCACUUCUUUGGAGAGUCCGAGGAGGGAAAGAACUAUGACUUGACUGUCGAACUUUACGAAGAAAUUGAUCCUAGUUUGUCCAAGUUUACCCACACUGACAGACACACUUAUGCUAUUUUGCGGAAAGCUAAGGCUCAACAAGAGUACUGGCCUAGACUAACUAAGGAAAAGAAGAAAGUCUUUUACAUCCGGACUGAUUUUGAUAAGUGGGUUGAUGAAGAUGAACAGGAUGAGCAACCUGAACAGAAUGAUGAUUUUGGCGGUAUGGGCGGCAUGGGCGGCAUGGGUGGCGGCAAUGAUGCUGGUUUUGGCGGUGCUGAUCUGCAAAGCAUGCUUAGUGGCAUGGGCGGUGGUGCCGGUGGUAUGCCUGAUUUCAGCAGCCUUGGUCAGAUCCCAGGUUUGGGCAGUGGUGCCAAUGAUGACUUGAUGGAGUCACUUGCUCAAGAUGCCAGUGCCCAGGGCAAGGACUUUAGUGAGUUUGCUAAGCAGUACAAGGCCAAGGACUCGGAUGAUGUUUCGAUCCAGACCAGCCACCUUGGUAAUGAAGAAGAUGAAGAGGAUGAUGAUGAGACUCCCAAGGAAAAAAAUCUUUAA